UCGCACGUCGAGUACGUCUUCAUCCUUCAGCAGAUUCUCCUUGUCACUCUCAAUAGGUCGCACCAUGAUGCGCGCCACUCUCCUGUCCCUCCUCCUUGGUCUCAUGGCGUGCUGUCUUGUGGUCGCGCAUCCUGACCGAGCAUCUGCGGCCCUGGUGCGACGGCAGGAGAGCUCAUCAAGCUGCGAGGCUUCUGGCUCAGGAAGCUCGAACAACCCGUGUGCUACGUCGGCUAGCCUUACUGGCGGGCCACCGGCUAUCGGACCUAUUACAGACGUCCUGCCUAGUCAGACCUUGUCUGCCAUUACUGGAUCCGUUUCCAGCAUCCAGUCCAGCGCCACUGGCACUGAGUCAGCAAUCACAACAAGUGAUACCUCGAGUUCAUCGAGCAGCUCAAAUAGCUCGUCUAGCUCCAUUGCCUCAAGCACCUUGGCCACCUCGGCCACAUCGUUGACGAGCACGACUGCGAGCGCCGAGACAUCGGCGGCUGCGAGUCAUGCUGCUAGUACGCAGGCAAUAAGCCGCGUGUCAUGGAUGAGCGGACUCAUGGUUCUGGCUGGGGUCAUGGGCGCAACACUGCUUUUGUAGACUCUUUUUAAUGCUAGUCUGAUCUUCUGAAGGCAGAAUGCAAUUGGGAAACCCAGCUACCAUUGUAUGUUUGGAUCUCGAGGGAGCGCGUGUGCCUGUGCUUCAGCACAACACGCCUCUAUCCGUGAUUCAAAGAGCGCCUGUGCCUCGUGUGAUGGCUCUCAACAACGUCGGUAAUAGACUGUGUCGUGACAAUGGUGAUU